AUGAAAGCUCAACUUCAUUUCAACCCACCAUUACCCACUCUCGACUCUCCAUUUCACAGUCAAACACCAGAGAUUUGUUACAAUGCUGCCACCGGAGAAGCUCAGCCUGCAAAACACCAAGAAGUUGGCCACAAGAGCCUCCUUCAAAGCGAUGCACUUUACCAAUACAUUCUCGAAACCAGUGUUUACCCCAGAGAGCCAGAAUCCAUGAAAGAGCUACGAGAGGUCACUGCUAGACACCCUUGGAAUCUUAUGACGACAUCUGCUGACGAAGGACAGUUUUUGAACUUACUUCUCAAGCUCAUAAAUGCUAAGAACACAAUGGAGAUCGUGUUUACACCGGUUAUUCUCUUCUUUCUACUGCUCUUGCUCUUCAGAAGAUGGAAAGAUAUUGGCUUUGGACAUAAACCGUGA